AUGGCCUCCGUCCUUGAUCCCCACUAUCUCUGGGCAUUUGGGCACCUCACCGUGCUCACAAAUGCUGUCUACAUCGUCAUCCAGACGCUGCUUUUCCGCGGCACCCCAAACAUCCCAUACCGCCUGCUCUACAUUGGCGCGUUGCUGAGCUACUCAAUCGUCGUGUUCAAGUCGCUCGGCAAGCCCACUGGCAUGCCAUGGCUUCGUCGCGCGUUUGUUGACGAGAACGCCCAGUAUGCUCUGUUGGCGUUUUACUGGCUCAUCUCCAAGGCCAUCGGCAUCACCAUCCUCCCGUUCGCGACCUUCUCGCUGUUCCACUGCGCCACUUUCUUCCGUACCAAUAUCCUCCCCAAGUUCUCCCCCAAGGCUGUGGCCGGUCAGCAGAGCCCGCCCCCUAACUGGGCCGACAACCUCGGAAAGCAACUCCAGGAUUGGGUCAAGCAGAACUACGACAAGGCCAUGAACUUUGUCGCGUAUGCUGAGCUCGUGAUCCUCCUCCGCGUCUUUGUCGGCGCGCUCACCUGGCGCUCGUCGUUUGUCGCCCCCAUCUUCCUCGCCCACUUCAUCCGCCUCCGCUACCACGCAUCGCCGUUCACUCGCCACAGCGUCAACACCGUUGGCGCCAAGAUUGACGAGUUUACAAACGGCCAGUCCCCUGCCAUCAAGAACGCUUGGGCCACCGUCAAGCGCGUCCUAGGCACUUGGGGCGGCGGCCAGCUCGUUCCUGGGCCCCAAGCUGCCCCCCGACCCGCUGCUCCAGGUGCCCGUGCCGCUGGCGCGACUCGCCCAGCCGCGGGUGCGUCGACUGGUGCGGCGACGGGCGCCGAACCGGCAGCACCUGCUCCCGGCACCACGGGCGCGACGCGCCGCGCGUGA